CAGCCCACAUAUCCUUCCUGUGAAGAUAAACUGCUGGUCCUGCACAAAGCACAGUUAUUUCUGAACCUCUUAAGUUCCUGCAAGUUCAUCGGAUGGCAAUCAGAUAUCUGGCCUACCAGAGAUACAGAAACAUCUACAAUUGUCAGAUGAAAAGAAUAGUGCUGUGAUGACUGGCCAUUGGUAACAACAGGAGGUCCGGAAGAAGAAACCCAAGAACUAAAACAAAAGGAGAGGCAAUACUUCUCAGCAACAAAGAUAGAGUAGAAACCACACAAAGGCAAAUCUAGAUUUGAAAAAAAAAGGAAAAGAAGAUUUGCUGAGGUUUCAGUCAAGACAAAGUCCAGGUGAUCUCAGACGCCAGUUUCCAAUAUGUAUCAGUUCUUGAAUGUUGAGGGAAUGCAAGUUAGAGCCAAGCUUGACCCUUGCUCAGUCUACACAAUAUUAAACAAGAUACCCCAAGGAGCACAGCUGGGUGACAGGAUUGAUAUUCAUCCAGAGAAUGAAAAUGAAUCGGGGGUAGGAAACCUGAUUCAAGGACAAAUAACCAUCAACAACAAGUUAACUGAAGGGCAAAUUGUUUUUAUACCUCACUAUCCAGAAAAUAUAAUUGGACUGAUACAAAUAUUUAAUCUAGAUAUGAUCAGUAUCACUAUGAAGAAAAAGUGUGUUAAUGUUACUCCAGUAAUGAUUACAGGCAAUAACCCAAAAAAAUUAAGACAACCUUACUUAAACAAAGCACUGAUGAACAGGGCAAGCUCUGUGCUUAAAAGGUGGGAGAUGCAGGGAAUCAUAGAAAGAGAUAGAAGCCCAUGUAACUCCCCUAUCUAUCUAGACAAAUGUCACAAUGGUAAAUUCACAAUUCUAUUCAAUUUUCACAAGUUAAAUGAAUGCUCAGAAGCUAUACCAGCAAAGGAAAUGAACAGAAAUAACUCAAUAGCUAAUAUCGCCCUGGGAAAAUACUAUUCUUUUAUAAAACUGCAUGAAGGGCAAUGGCAUAUUCCUCUGGAUAAAGCCACAAAGUACAAGACAGCAUUUACAUUCAGAAGAACACAGUAUGUCUGGAACCGGCUACCGCAAGGAUUUAAGAACACAAGUAUCAUACUCCACAAAAGUCUGGGGCAUAUAUUAGAUAAACUGCCUGCUGAAAUCAGAAGCAGGGUAACAUAUUAUGUGGAUGUCAUACUCAUAAGUGGAGACACUGAAGCAGAUUGUCACAAAUUCACAGCUGAACUCAAGUGCCACCUGGAAGAUCACGGUUUUGAAAUUCAUAGAGAAAGCCUCAUAGCCUGUACUCCAGUUUUGGAGUUUUUGGGAAAAGAAAUACAUCCAGAAGGAAUCAAACUUGGCAGAACUUAUUUGCAGAAAGUGCGGAAUGUAAAAUCUCCUCAAAGUCUAUUGCAAUUAAAGCAGUUACUUGGCUUACUGACUGAUGCAGCAAAACAUACUCCACGCUUCAGUAUAAUGUGUAAAGAUCUCAAUGUGUUACUUAGAAAAGGCAACCAAUGGAUUUGGGGCGCCAAAGAACAGACUGCUCUAAGAACAUUGCAACAGAAAAUCCUUGAUAACAGAAUGCUGGUUAAUGGGCUCCAUGAUGGGGAGAAAUGCACUGUGCAAAUGUCGGUGCAUGGUGAAGAAUGGGAAGCAGAAAUCCUAAACAGCAAGAUGAAGCCAUACCAGUUUGACUCAGGGAUAUGCGACUCCAACAAAUAUGAGCAAAAUAUUGGAAUUCAAGAACUGACAGCUAUGAGCAGAGUUUGGAAAAAUUAUAAGAGCCUAUUAAAGGACAGAGAAAUUAAAUGGAGAGUUACAAGCCCCUUAGUAGCCCAGUACCAAACAAAUCCAGAGAGCCUUUGUGUGAACAAAAACACUGACCUUGCAUUUCUAUUCAGUUCAAACCAUAAGAUUAUAGUUCAACCACCAACUGCUCAACUAUAAGUGAUCCUUGAGUAACAUGGGUGCACCACUACGCUUCAUGACAAAGCAACACAUUUAGCAUAAAUACACACAGCAUUAUGGUUUGCAGCUAAGGAUAUUAUGUCAAUUAUAACAAAUGUUUCUCUGCUUGAUUUCUGCCCAGAAAGUACCACUGAGUAUUAAACAGGGCAUAAUGACUUUAACUAAGCUCUAAAUAUUAUUCAUUAAUUGCUUUGUAUUAAAAACAUUUCUUAUGCA